GGCUGACAGCAUGCUCCAGAGUAAGGUUUUGGCAGGCUUUAAGUAAUGUGUCUGCAUACAGGAUUGGAAAGAAUGGAAGCAGAGCUCUAGAUUUAAACUUUAGAGAAGAUUUUUGGGAAGGAUUUAUUUUCUUAGGAACUGUCUGAUGAGCCAUCUAAGCACUAAGCUCUGAUACAACUCUAUCCCCUUCAGAGCAGGAAUGUUUUAGUAUAAUUGCUGGCACUGAUGUGAUACAGGCAGUUCUGUGUAGAUUCACUUUUACUCACAAAAGGUCCAGGAGAAUUAUUUGUGUCUAGGAUUUAACAGAAACUUAAAAACUAGAAAUCACAAAAUAGUUAUUGAUUGGUGACUUCAGUGAAGUUUUCAAUGAUUUUUCUUCUCAUUUUUUUCAGCAUAGGUUUGAACUUAUAGCCUAGAUUUAUUUUAAAAAUUUCAUGUUUAUCUUAGUUAAAGUUAUAUGCAAUGUGUGCAUACAUAGUUUCUGAUUUUCAUUGUGCGUAUAUGCUGAGCAGGGUACAUACAACACAGGGAGAGAUGUCCACUUGCAAAAGAAAGUCCACCUAAAUGUCCUAUUGUGUUGCAUUUGUCUUCUGAGGCUAUUUUUAUAUCAAAUGAUAACUUUAAAAUGCUACAAUUUGCAGCAUCCUCUCUGAAUGAGAUUCUUCCUUCUCUCUUUUCCUCUUUCUUUUUGUUUGCUAUGGACUGAACCAAUGGCCUCAUGCUUGCUAGGCAAAAACUAUACCACUGAGCUUCAUCUCAGUCCUGAUAAGACUCCUUCUCUAUAAACCUUUAACCUGACCCUGAGCUAGAAAUGUAUUGACGUGUUAGAAAUUUAAUGUGAUGUGAAUACUGGAAAAAUACGGAAUAAAUUCCAUACAUUCAUAUAAGACGUACAUAUCUUUAUAUAUUUAGGAUUCAUAGAAAAUGAAAAAAGUAUUGCCAAGUAGCUACAAAGCAAGGGAUAUCAUAUUUUGGAAGGUGAGAAAGUAGCUCUUCCACUUAAUUUACGUAGUGGGAGAAAGCACAGCAGGGGUCCUUUAGAGACUCCAGGGACCUAAAUUCUUACUGUUCUAAUAGCUUCCAGUGUCUGCUGUCCAGUUUCUGGACAAAUGGACUUAGAAAGCACUGCAACAAGCUACAUGCAUGCUUUCCUUCCUUUUGGCUUCACAGUUUUUACUUAGAAUAUUGGCUUUUUGGGUUAAUUCCAAUGGUUCAGAUCAUAAUGUAAGCUUAUUCUUUUGGAGGCUGUGGGAAACAAUAAUACAAUAAAAUCUUUGACAGUCUAUUCUGUUAUAAAAUGUAACACUCAUUCUUAAAAGCACAACACUCUACUAAAAGUUAUGUCAACAAAAGAUAGUAUUACACACACACACACACACACACACACACACAUACACACACACGAGUGCCACUUCAAACAAUAGUUUUAAUGAUACCAAAUUCCUCAAUAAAUUUUUCUUACAGUGACAUAAGUAUGUUAAUUAAAAACUUAGACAAUCAGUGAAAAGUGAAUGAGCAGAGACAAGAAGAAAAAUAAACUCUAGCCACAAAUAUUUGCUCAUUGUGGUACUUAUUUCUUUAGCCCAGGAGAUGAAAUUUCAGUUUGUUUAUAAGAACUAGCUAGUCCUCCCUCAGAUGACACAGUGGCUAGCUGAAUGUUUUUUGUAUGAAUGAAAACCUCGUGUCCCAGAGAAUAAAAAGACAAGGACUCACAUAGUCUCCUAUCAGGUUUCUGGCUUUUGUGGAUUUGGCAAUUUUUAGACAUGUUGAAAAUAUACACCUCAAAGAAGUAUGACUGUCGUCUCUGAGCAUAUUCUGUACAGCAGAUCUCUCUGGCAGUCAUGACUUAGCUAUAGCUUGUAGGGAGACACUGGGCUGGCCCCGUGCUUCCUGGUUCAUUAGCAUAGCCCAGCCCACUUCCAACACACGCCCAGAACUACCUCAUUAACCAUUAGGAAUGCAGCCAAAAACAUAAGACGACAGUGAAUAUAAAGGGAAUUACUGGCAAGGGAGCUGUAACCAUCUCACCACUGAACCCAUUACUUUUCCAAGAUCAGAAAAGUAUUACAUUAACAGGAAUCAUUUCUUAUUCAGAUAAGAAUUCAAGAAGUUGACUACUACAGGAGGGAUCUGAAAAAUGACGGGAGCAAAGAGGAAAAAGAAAAGCGUGCUGUGGGGCAAGAUGCACACCCCCCACUGUGAAGACAUUAAACAGUGGUGUAAAAGGCGCCUACCUAUUUUGGAAUGGGCACCACAGUACAAUCUGCGGGAAAACCUGCUUCCAGACACUGUGUCUGGGGUAAUGUUGGCAGUUCAACAGGUGACACAAGGGCUGUCUUUUGCUAUUCUUUCAUCUGUACAUCCAGUCUUUGGUUUAUAUGGAUCUCUGUUUCCAGCCAUCAUUUAUGCCAUAUUUGGAAUGGGACGCCAUGUUGCCACAGGCACCUUUGCCUUGACUUCCUUGAUAUCAGCCAACGCUGUGGAAAGGCUAGUCCCUCAAAGCAGCAGGAACCUCAGCAUGCAGAGCAACUCAAGUGUGCUGGGCUUAUCCGACUUUGAGCUCCAGAGAAUUGGAGUUGCCACGGCAGUUUCCUUUUUGGGAGGAGUGAUUCAGGUGGUUAUGUUUGUGCUGCAGCUGGGCAGUACCACGUUCCUAGUUACAGAGCCUGUGAUCAGCGCGAUGACCACGGGGGCCGCCACCCAUGUUGUGACUUCACAAGUCAAGUAUCUCUUGGGAAUAAAAAUGCCAUAUAUAUCUGGACCACUGGGAUUCUUUUAUAUUUAUGCAUAUGUUUUUGAGAACAUCAAGUCUGUUCAGCUGGAAGCUCUGCUCUUAUCCUUGCUGAGCAUCGUUGUCCUUGUUCUCGUUAAAGAGCUCAAUGAACAGUUUAAAAGAAAAAUCAAAGUUGUUCUUCCUGUCGACUUGGUUUUGAUCAUUGCUGCCUCAUUUGCUUGCUAUUGUACCAACAUGGAAAACACAUAUGGAUUAGAAGUAGUUGGACACAUUCCAAAUGGGAUUCCUCCACCCCGUGCUCCACCCAUGAACAUCCUCUCCGCCGUGCUCACUGAAGCUUUUGGAGUUGCACUUGUAGGCUAUGUGGCCUCACUGUCUCUCGCUCAAGGAUCUGCCAAGAAGUUCAAAUAUUCAGUUGAUGACAACCAGGAAUUUUUGGCCCACGGCCUCAGCAAUGUGAUCCCUUCAUUUUUCUUCUGUAUCCCAAGUGCUGCUGCCAUGGGAAGGACGGCUGCUCUGUACAGCACAGGAGCCAGGACACAGGUGGCCUGUCUAAUAUCUUGCCUUUCCAUCCUUGUAGUCAUCUAUGCAAUAGGACCUUUGCUGUACUGGCUGCCUAUGUGCGUUCUUGCAAGCAUUAUUGUUGUGGGACUGAAGGGAAUGUUAAUACAGUUCCGGGAUUUAAAAAAAUACUGGAAUGUGGAUAAAAUCGAUUGGGGCAUAUGGAUCAGUACUUACAUAUUUACAAUAUGCUUUGCUGCCAACGUGGGCUUGCUGUUCGGCGUUGUCUGCACCAUAGCUAUCGUGAUAGGACGCUUCCCAAGGGCAAAGACUUUAAGUGUAACGAACAUGAAAGAACUGGAGUUUAAGGUGAAGACAGAGUUGCAUGACAACACAGAGAACUGGCCUCCUUCCAAAACGACCAGUGUCAAGGUCUUUCCAGGUAGCCUGAAAACAGGAAGUAACAUCAGGAGUCUUUCUGUGACACCCAGGAGAAUGGAAACCUUGCAACAGGUAAAAAUCAUCUCAAUAAACAACCCACUUGUUUUCCUGAAUGCAAAGAAAUUUAAUACUGAUCUAAUGAAAAUAAUCCUAAAGGAAAUUGACAGCAGUCAACCACUUGAUGAUGUCAUCAAGUGUGAACAGAACACCUUGCUCAAUUCCCUGUCCAAUGGUAACUGCAAUGAGGAUGCUUCCCAGCCCUGCCCCUGUGAGAAGUGUUCUUUGGUCCUGGAUUGCAAAGGCUUGACCUUUUUUGACUACACAGGAGUCUCUACACUUGUUGAGCUUUACCUGGACUGCAAGAGCAGGGGCGUCGAUGUGUUCUUAGCCAAUUGCACAGCAUCCUUGAUAAAAUCAAUGGCAUACUAUGGGAACCUAGACACUGAGAAACCAAUUUUUUUUGACUCAGUAGCUGCUGCAAUAAGUACCAUCCAGUCAAAUAAGAAUUUGAGCAAGGUCAGUGAUCACAGCGAAGUCUGAGGUCCCCUGUGAUGAAGUGCACAUCUCAUCUUUAGCAACUGCCCCGAAGAGGCCAGAUAUUGCAUUUUGCACAAAUUUUGGUGUAUGGAUGCUGCAUAUGGCCUCUAUUUCAGUAAGAAUGAUAUGAGUCAGCAACUGCAAUGCCAUUGGCCAAGGCUUGCUGACCCCUUAUUUUUUUAAUCUUUCUUAAUAAACAGAUUCAUUUAGUUGUUUUAUAUAGGGAUCAGUAUGCAUGUAGGUUUAGUUUACUAAAUAGUAAAGACACUUUUAUGAGAGUA